AUGGACGAACAUAGCAGCGACGCGCAAUGCGCGGGUAAUGGUCAGCGCGAGAAGCUGCUGGCGAUGGCGAGCGUCGCCAGCAAAAUGCAGGUCGCGUUCGGCGAAAUGGCGUCAGUUUGUCGGCUCGCUGCAGCUGCCUAUCGGAUCGGCUACGUUGCGUCCCUUCCCCCUUUCCCCCAUUCCACCCCCACCACCCUUGGCUCCUCCCCCAACACCACCCUCUUCCUCCGCCCGCCAUCCUUUCCUUAUCCUCCGCGCCCUCCUCCCUUCCCCACCCCUCCCCCAUCCCCUCCCCCUCCUCCACCCACCUCCCUCCCAGCCGGCGUCCGGCGAGCGCGUACCGACGGACAAUCUGCUGCUGCGCCAGCUCGCAUAUUGGGACUUCUCAACCCCAAAACCAUCAACCUUCAAACCCUUCAGCCCCCCCACUCCCUCUCCCCAUCCUCUCCGCGCAACCGGCAAGCGUGCGCCGAUGGACAAUCUGCUACUGCGCCCACUCGACUUGUGAGACGUCUCAACCCCCAAAUCCUCCCCACCCCUUUCUCCCCAACGUUCUUCUCCCCCCUCCCCCUGCUCUCUCUCCUCCUCCAACCCCCCCUCACCACUCCCCAUCUUCCCCCAGCCGGCGUGCGCGUGCCGACGGAGAACCUCCUGCCGUUCCAGCUCGACUUUAGAGACUUCUCAACCCCAGACCCCUCCCCUCCCUCCCCCCUCCCUCCGCCCACACACUCCCUCAACCCACCCGGCGUGCGCGAGCCGACAGGAAACCUCCUCGUUUUUUUAGACGCCUCAACCGGUGUGCACGUGCCCAUGGACAAACUCCUGCUGUUCCAGCUCACUGCUCCCCUCUUCGACCCUCUUCGCCUCGCAGCCCUGCAAUCCACACCUUCAACCGCUCCCGGAGCUGCGCCCGCCGCCGCGCCUGCUCCCGCCGUCCCCGAUCAGCCGCCCAUCCCGAUCCUGGAUUACGCCAGUGUUGCUGCUGCUGGCGCACGAGAAGAGGAGAGGAGAGAGGAGAGAGAAGAGGAGAUGAGAGAGGAGAGAGAAGAGGAGAGGAGAGAGGAGAGAAAAGAGGGAGACGAGCGAGAGGAAGGAGUAGAAGGAGAGGAAGGAGAGGACGAGGCAGUGGGAUUGGAGGGUACUGAGCAGGCAGAGGAGACAAGGGAUCGCAGGGAUGAGGAGGACGAGCAAGGCGAGCAGGACAAGAGUGGAGGAGGCAAGGGGGAAGAAUGCACCAAUGCGGCUGUGAGUGCAGGUGAUGGGAAGGACGUGGGCGGCAGUACUGAUGUGCCCCUGGGUGGUGCUGAUGAGGCAGAGGCGAGGAGAAGAGUCAGCGAGACCGUCAGGCAAGAUAAUGAGGACACGGGUGGUGAUGCUGCUGACGGCAAGCGCUCAAAGCGGAGGAGGGUGAAGAAAGUGCUGUGA